AUGUACCAAUUAUAAUUGACUUAAACCAAUGAAAAUACAAAUACUAACAUAUCACAUAACUAAACAUAAUCAAACUAAAUUAUUUUGUGUUCAAAUAAUUUAAAGAAAUAUAUUUUUGAAGAUUAUUUUGAUUCAAAUAUUUAUUUACAAACUAAACUAACAAAAUCUUAAUAAAAAAAAAAAAAUACUAAAAGUUAGAAAACUAAACCAUUAGAACAAGAAUAAGAAAUUAAUAACAAUACUGAAAUAACUGAUUAUAAUAAAUUGCUUUUCAAAGCUGAAUAACAACUAUAUUAAUAAUGGUAAGAUUCAAAAUAAACCAAGAAUGAUAUAAAAAAUUUAUCCUUUAGAAUAAUAAUUACAGAGUAAUAUUUAGAAUAAUCAUAUAUUUAAUAUAUUGGAUCAUUAUUAUUGCAAUUUUCUUAUCUUAAUUUAACUUAUGAUAUAAUCUUAUCAGGAUAGAAUUAAGCAAUAUUUUUAAAACAAAAAGAGGAUAAUUUAACUUUAAUUCUUUUAGAUUCAAUAUUGCAUGCAAUACAUGGAUAAUGCAAUAAGGAAUUUAUAUUAGUCAAUGAAGAUAACUUAUCUGAAAAUGAUUUUAUAUUAUUAUUAACUAAACAAUUUUUGGAAAUGUCAAAUUAAUGUAAAGAGGAAUUAUUGAAUCAAGGGUUCACUACAAUUAUUUAAAGUUAAGAUGAAUUUGAUUUUAAUAUUAUAGACGUAUAAAAUGGUCAAACAAUCAGUAAUUUAAAAAAUUUAAUAGAAUUGUUAAAUUAAAUUGUAGAAAAUUAGAUAGUAAAGAUAAAAUAAAUUGACUAAAAUCUUUUGGACUAACAAAAAGUAAAAUAAUAUAAAUAAGAAUUUGAACCCUAACUUGAAUCAAAGGAAGCCAAUAGUAUAAAAGCAUUGUUAGAAGUAGGUAAAUUUACAAAAUAUUCUCUAUCUUCAAAAGGAACGACUAUAGAUAUCAAAGGUAUCAUUAAAUUUUUUUGCACAAAUGGAACUGCUAGGGACAUUAUGAAGAGAAAAAAUAGAGGAGGAAAGUCAUUUUAUUUUUUUUAGGUUGUUUUAGAUUUAAGUUAACUAGAAUAGGAUACCUUAUCAUAAAUCCUAUUACCAUUUUUACUCCAAUUUAUAGAAAUAUGUAAGUAAUGUUAACUAGUAUGCAAUUUAAUGAUUUUAGAUCAUACAACAAAGAUAAUUAAAUCAAAUUUUUCAACAUCAUGGACUGAGUAGGAAUAAACAUUAUUAAUAUAAAGCUUAAUUAAUUAUUCUAAUGAAACUUCAGUAAACCAGGAUCAUGAUCAAUUUUAAUUCAUACUUGAUUAAUUUUAAAGUUUCAGCAAAUAUAAAAAAUAUUUGAUAUUCAUUAAUCACUCCUUUUAUAAUUAUUCAUGUCAAAACCUUUAAUUAUAACUUAAUAUGGCUUAGUAAAUGCAAAUAAAAAUAAUUUCUUUGGGAUUAGAUUUAAAAAAAUAUAUCAAUCAUUCAUUAGGUGGAGUUAUCUAAUUUGCACUCACAUAAUAAAAUAGUGCAUAUUAAAUUAUAACAAAUUUAUUGUAGAAAGAUUAUGAGGCCCAGAUAGUUGAUGGUACCUUUUAGUUCUAUUAAAAUAUGGAAAAAUAUCCAAAUACACUAGAACUUUUAUAAGUAUCAUCUGAAGAUAGUUAAUAUAAUUGUUAUUUGAAUAAAUAUUUCAAUUAUAUACAAAGCGAAGAAUCCAAUAAAGAAAACGAUUAAGGAUCCAAUGAAGUAUAAAAUGAAGGAUAAAAUGGAGAUGAAUCUUUGAUUAGAUUAACAAAAUUAGAUUUAUUCUUAAAUUUACUAGUUAAGCUGAAUGAACUAUAAUAAUUGAUGUAAGGUAUAUAAAAGAAGGAUUCUGAUUAAUAAGAAAAUUAGAAUACAUGA